AUGGGAUCUUGGAACGAGUCUUCAAUGGAUGUCAUGGAAUUUGAGAUUCCUCGCCCGACCGAGGAUAUUGUUCAGGGAUAUAGCAGUACUUGGGACCAGCAUGUAAUGGACAUAGACUACGAUGUUUCUCAAGGAUUAUUCCUAAUACUCGACACCAACUUUCUUAUAAAGCAUCUUUCUCUCCUUGACACUGUUGCCAAGAAAGUCUUAGAAAAGGGAAGUCGUAUUCCCCCAUUGUUCUUUGUCCUCCCUGGUGUUGUGGUGGAUGAACUAGACUAUCAGUCAAAGUAUGGUGUGCGAGAACGUGCGGUUGCAGCGACAAAUUGGCUUCAAGAUCAAAUCCAAAUACGACUUCGUACCGGACAAGGCGUGCUCAGGGCUCAGAAAGAGGAUGAGACUCUUAGGGGCGGAAAGUCGUGGCGCAACUUAAGGGGGAGGGGUGAAAACGAUAACAUAAUUUUGGAUUGUUGUCUGUAUUUUGCUCGAUUGAACGGGGGCCAAGUCCGCUUGCUUUCUCAGGAUCGAAAUCUUUCCCUCAAGGCGACAAUAUCCGAAAUUCCUACCAUGUCCAUCUCGAAGAACAUGUCAACAAUAGACUUUCUGAAAGAGGUCUUGCCUGGAUUGCGCUGGGAUCCUCCUUCGGCACCCGCGACCCCCAUUGACAGGUCUUCUUCUGCUUCACGCUGGGCAGGGCCUCCAUCACGAUCUCGAAGUACUCCUCGUGUCGUGGUUCCGGAGCCGUCGCUGAAUCUAUCAACUCACGAUGUGAUUCAUGACAAUGACAUCGACAUGGACGACAUAUCAAGAUCACCAAUGGCGUAUUCGCCUUAUCCACCUUCAAAACAUGAACCGGUGUAUGCGCAGAUUUAUGAGGAUCCACUGGAGAACUUGGUGGGAAAUCUCAGACGAAAUGGAGUUUUAUCGAGGGCAGUGGGGCCAACGUCAUGUCCUUACCCUGAAUCUCCACGUCAAGCAUUAUCAAGGAUAUCUGAAUCUAUUCCGGCGAGUGUGUUGUACUUUAUAUCGGAGCGAAACGAGGCUGGAUAUCGAGCGGGAGGGAUUCGCAUGUGGAGUAUAGGGGAUAUCGAGGAAGCGACAUCGACGCUCGAACGGCUGUUUCACGAGAUGAAGAAACAGGACAGUGAUCAAGACCAAGACCAAGUUUCUGCACGGAAGGCUCUGUUGCUCUCUCAUCGAACGCUUUACAUAAUUCUGGCUCUAUCUGUUAUGAACAACUUGUGGCGGCAAUCAAUAGCAGUGCCCUCUGGCACCAACAAAGAAAACGGGAGUAGAGUUGCCAAGAUGAAGCGCACACAUAGUAUUGGUGGACCCAUGGAUGCCUAUAAAGGAGCGAAUAUCGGGGCAGAUGGCUUGAGUCCACGCAGGCGCAAGAGGCGGAGUAUGGUACCUCGCAAGUCGAUCUUGAAGAUGCACAACGACGAGGAGGAGACGAUGGAUAUGACCACUGUUGUCGGUGGCAUCAACUCGGACAUGACCAUGGGCAGGAAGAGCCUUGCCCGCAGAGUCAGUUUUGCUGCAAUGGCUCAGGUUCGGAUGUUCGAGCCGACAGUAAACUCGAACGCCACGGCAUCAUCCCCCUCCCACUCCUCAUCCCCCGCUGCACCUCACACAUCAAAUGACGCCCCAACCCCCCAGAAGAGCCCUGUCUCAACACGCCGAGCGAACAGUGUAGAGGCUGGUGAAGCAUCGAUGGAACUUGACGACGAGAGCAUGGAGGGCGGAGAUAGCUUUGGAGCUGGAGAUGACGAGCCACAAGAAUUUGAUGGCGGCGAAGGAGCGGGGGAAGAUAGCAUGGACUUGACCGAUACCUAUCAGAUAGGUACUCCUUCUAGACGUCGGUCAUCAGCACCUCUUGGACCGCUUCCGCCUUUGGACAGGAGUAUCGAAAGACACAACCAUCGUGCCAAAGAAGACAGCCGUACACAGGAGUCCACUUCAGACAAGGACAACGGCGAAUAUCUGGUCAAAACUGGCAAAUCAAUUGUUCCUCGUCGAAAGAGCGAAGCUUGGGCCGAGCUUCAAAGCCUUACGAAUGCAGGAGGAAGUGACAUGGAUGAGGACAGUACUGGGAGCACUAUGAACUCGGAUACAGGGGGAGGCUUUAUUCCAGCCUCUCAAGAGUCUUCGGGGAAUGCUGGUUUCAGUUCGCAGGGAACUGGUUUCAGUUCACAGGGGACUUAUUCGGUGGUCAGUUCACAGGAGGGAGAUAUAGGACUGGAGGAUGCAAUCUCACGUCUACGGGCUGCCAGACAAAGUAUGGGCGCUGGAGCAGCUGAUAUGUCAAUUGAUGAUGAAGACGGCCAAUCAAGUUCCAGCGGCGACUUUGAAGGUGGAUACGACGACGACGAUCGCACUAUGGAUGUUACCGCUGUAACGGGUGGGCUGAGGUUUACCGAGGACGACGAUGAAGAUGAAGAGCCCGAGCCCGAGUCUGAAAAGAUACCUUCCGAACCCUCCCAGUCCGCCGACAAGCCUCCUGAACCUACCCCAGCAUUUAAGUUCUUUUCACAGCCAGAAGCAGCGAGCAGAGUAGAGAUUACUGCCCAGGCGUUAGCAACGAAUCUGCCCACGUUCGCAAUCGACCCCCCUCCGCCCGCUGUUCCUCAAACUGGCGCUGCCCCCUCCGCUCCCUUUACAUUUACAUUCCCCUCUCCGUCCAAACCGACAGAAAAGCCGGCUGCAGCCCCUAAACCGACCGCAACAGUUCCUGCCUUUUCUUUCGAUAUUGCGCCUUCUGAAAUCGCACCCUCUUCUGCUGAGCCAGCCGAAAGGACGCCCAGUAUUGGUUCAAUGCAAUCAGCACCACCUUCUGCCGGACCUUCGAAGCUCACGCCUCCAGCUGAUCCUCAACCUGUAGCACGCUCCCCAAUUACGUUUGAAGUAUCCCAAUCACCUAUUCGUGCUCCACCGGCUACAUGGAGCCCACGCAAUGCCCCUCGUCCCUUUGAAUUUAAACUGGGAACACCACGUCCUGGGACACCCAAGGUUGUUGAGGCCCCUGCCCGUGCUACAUCUGCUCCGCCUACCCCCAAACGCUCAAGGGAAGAAGUUGAAGCAGAGCCCUCUGCCAAGCGUGUAGCACUGGAAGCAGGAAGCAAGAAGGCUGCUGAUGGGCCCGCAAAGCCGCCUCGUAGGCGGAGCUUCGCCCCUCGUAUGUCAAUUAUGGGCCGUCCUGGGGCCAGGCUCUCGAUCAUCCCGGCGGAACCUGAACCCGAGGUCGAAUCUGAGCCUAUCCAACUUCCUACUCCCGAGUCUGUCCAGCCACCUAGCCCUUUGCUUCCUCAACCAUCCUUACCUAUGCGUGAGCCUUCGCCCGCUCAGCCUUCACGCCCUAGGACUCCCGAGCCACUUCCGUCGCUCAGGGAAGGCUCCCCUCGACCAGCUGCUGCUGCUCUCGAGGAAAUUAGAAUUUCGAGUCCGCUGCGGUCGCGCGUUAGUUCAGUAGGAAUUAACAUUCCUCCCAAGUCACCCGCUCAAUGGAGAACUGGUGGUGGACAGCCCGAAGCUGACCUCGAUGAUGUGCCUACCAUCUCAGCAAGUGAAUUCUUAAAAAUGACUCGAAUCUCGUUUAUGGAUGGCCUAACCGUAAAGCGACGAUCGACUAUUGGAUUGGGAAUAUUGAGUCGAAGGAAGAGUGGCGAGAAGGACCCAGUAGCUGGUGUUGCAGAUUAUAUCACCGCGAUGACUAUUGGCGUUCCUCAGUUGGAGACGUACAACUAUGCUGCCAAAGAACUCAAGGAGUAUAUUUCUAAUGGGAAAAAGGCGAUCAGGAUUCUCGAAGAAGACUUGGAUGCAAACAACCCUUAUUUGUUCAAGGAGUAUCUUGCCAGCGGGGAAGAAGAUCGUAGGGCUCUUGAGGAGACCUUAGGAGGACACAAGGAAGCGAUGCGCAUGCGCUCCAAAAUGUCAUGGUAUAAAUGGCGGCACAACUUUGUCACGGAGAUGCAGGCUACCGCGAUAGGGAAACCGAAUUACUUCAGCAGAGAACAGCAUGCCAAGUUGAAGGCUCAACUGGCAGCAGAACGCGCUGCCGUUGAAGCUGCAAAAGAUUGCGAUCCUGAGAUUAUGAGUGAGCUCAAAGUUGGGAUUGCCGAGCAAAGCGCGCAGAUCGAGAGUUAUAAAACAGACAUCCAAAGCAGCACUGUGAAACUGGAAAAGCUUAAAGCCAAACUUGGGGAAGCCGAAGGUGAUAAGCAGACCCUUCAGGAUCAAAUCCGGGUUCAUCAGGAGAAACUUGAUGCGUUACAUCCAACUGUUGAGAUUGUGAAUCUCCGAGAGGAGUUUGAAAAACUUCAGCGAUUGCACCUAUGGCAUGCUGUGAAGCUCGAGGAGAAGUUCAUCGAACUGCGCUAUGAUGAUCAUUAUCGAGUUCAGAUGGAUUGUGUUGCGUUUAAACCGAUCCCCUCUGGCUGUCGCAUACUUGUUAUCCCACCCAAAGGGAAACAGACCGACGAAUUCCCAGUACUGAGUGAACUCGUAUUGGAUCUAGCACAAGCAAUGAUACGACGGAUUCAGAACUUGAACUUGAAGAAGGUCGUAAGGAUGCUGGGUCGUCUCUGGACAUCUGUGUCACAUUUGCGAUGCAAUCUUCGGUUGCUGGCAAUGAAGUACCCCGUAACGAUUACUCGGGCGGAUUGCGGCUUUGGAUUCAAGGCAACAACGCGUGUUCGUUUUCCUAGUGCCAAAGGUCUCACCAAGAUUACAUUCAUUUUCCAAGAACAACACAUUCGCGAUUGGGGAAAGCAGUUGAAUACAUUGGACGUGGAUGUUGAGGUAGUAUUUGGGAAACUAGACCGCAACCUCCUUAUUGACGUGAUUCGAGAACGUUUUUCCGACGCAAUCAUUGAGGAGAGCUAUGGGCUACUCCUGGAUGCCUGUGCUGAUGCAAUAGCUUGCACCGAAGAGCAAUGA